UCCCUGCCAGCACUCGGGGUGUGUGGUGGCAUGGCCCAGCAGCGUCGCGUUCAGCUUUGCACCCAGCGGCCCACCAGCACCGUCUGUGUGCUGGGCACAGAGCUGUCCUUGGACAUCCAGGGGACUUGCUGCAUCACUGCAGUAAUGCCCCAACAGCUGUGCUCCCCCAGGUCAGCACCCAAGGAUGCCAUCGCCUUCCAUGUGCAGGGGACGCCAGGUGUGAAAGUCUACGUGGUGCAUGAGACACAGAGUGUGAAGCUGCCCUCAAGUGUCACCCGCUGGCCCUUGGCCACUGGCACUGAGGUGCUGCUCACCAUGGAGGCCAUCAGCAAGGAUGUCGGGGACGAGAAGGUCAGGAUUUCCUAUUUUGGUGAAGCAAGCGGGGUGCCAGUGGGCAGAGCCAUGCUGUACCUCACCUGCGUGGAAGUCUCACUGGAUGCUGACACUGGGCGCAGUGGGUCAGUCAGCAGGACAUUGGUGGACAAGGCCACGUGGACAUGGGGUCCUGAUGGGCAUGGUGCCAUCCUGCUGGUCAACUGUGACCGCGAUGACCCCAAAAGCCGGUUGAUGGGUGACGGAGGUGAACCCAAAAGCCAGCUGACAGAUAAUCGUGACACCACUGUGUGCUCCUACGAAGAUCUGAAGGACAUGUCACAAAUGGUUCUGCGGACCCGUGGACCACGCACCAUCUUCACUGGCCAUGGCCUCGUCCUGCAUGUGGGUUUCAGUGAUGCUGAUAAAGUCGGCGUGUUCUACGGAGGCAACAGCGUCGCACUGGAGGAGUACAAGCACGUGCUGGGAGGUGAAAAGCUCGCCUAUGCUGUGAAGCCCAGCCAGCACCAGGAGGAAAGCAUCUUCUAUGUGGAGGGGCUCGCCUUCCCUGACGCCGGCUUUUCAGGGCUGGUUGCAUUCCAUGUCACACUGCUGGAGAGCCCUGAGAAGGGCUUGCUAGAGACGCCGAUUUUCACGGACACGGUGGUGUUCCGUGUGGCUCCAUGGAUCAUGACACCCAACACGUUGGCACCAUUGGAGGUCUUCGUGUGUAGCGUGGAGGACAAUGAGGACUUUGUGGCAGCUGUCAGCGCACUGGCUGAGGAAGCCAAGUGCCCAGUGACCAUCUGCCCGCUGCCCGAGAACCGCAAUGACCGUUGGAUCCAGGAUGAAGUGGAGUUUGGCUAUGUGCAAGCACCCCAUAAAAUGUUCCCAGUGGUUUUUGACUCACCCCGUGACCGGGGCCUGAAGGACUUCCCUGUCAGGAGCAUCCUGGGCCCUGAUUUUGGCUACGUGGCUCAGGAAACACCAGAGAACACCUCCAGCCUUGACUCCUUUGGCAACCUAGAGGUCAGCCCACCAGUGACGGUGCGCAGCAAGGAGUACCCGCUGGGCCGCAUCCUCAUUGGCAGCAGCUUCCCCAGGUUUGGUGGCCGACGCAUGGCCAAAGCAGUGCGGAAUUUCCUUGCUGCCCAACGGGUGCAGGCGCCUGUGGAGCUCUUCUCAGACUGGCUACAGGUUGGACACGUUGAUGAGUUCCUCAGCUUCAUCCCUGCACCUGAUCGGAAGGGAUUUAGGCUGCUGCUGGCCAGCCCCAGUGCCUGCUACCAGCUGCUCAGGGAGAAGCAGGAGAUGGGCUAUGGGGAAGCGACAAUGUUCCAUGGGCUGCACGGUGUGCCCAAGCUGAGCAUCAACGAGAUCCUGGGAAAUGAAGCACUGCGCAAGUUCAAUGCCUACGCACAGAGCUGCAUUAGUUGGAACCGGGACAUCCUGAAGCGGGAGCUGGGCCUGGCUGAGCAGGACAUCAUCGACAUCCCGCAGCUCUUCCAAGCUGAUGACCAAGCCAGGGCCAUGGCCUAUUUUCCCGACAUGGUGAACAUGUUGGUGCUGGGCAGACACCUGGGCAUCCCCAAGCCCUUCGGGCCGCUGGUGGCUGGGCAGUGCUGCCUGGAGGAGCGGGUGAGGGCACUGCUGCAGCCCCUGGGGCUCUCCUGCACCUUCAUCAAUGACUUCUUCUCCUACCACAAGCUUGCUGGAGAGGUGCACUGCGGCACCAAUGUCCGCCGCAAGCCCUUUGCCUUCAAGUGGUGGCGGAUGGUGCCCUGAGCCACCCAUUUUCCUCUUCCCCCUUACCUACCCCCCCAACUCCCCUUCUCCAUCCCUGUAAGUGCCUUCUGCAGCAGCGUCCGCAACCCCCCUUGGAAAUAAAUAAGGGCUGUGCUUGCUCCCAGCCUCCUGCUGAGGUUAAAGACA